CCAGGCCUGAAAAAGGCCGCGGAGCGGGGGGCGAACGGCGGCAGGGAUGGAACCCCUGGGGAAGAAGCGCCCCGAAAGUUGAGAGCAAAGUUUGAUUCGAGGGGAGGUCGGAGGAGAGUCGACCAGCCAGAGCACAUGGCCCGCGGCUGACAGGAAGCGAACUGUACCUCGAGGAUGCUGCAGGAGAUCUCCUGACGACCCCGUGGCCCCAUUUCCUCCGUUCUGUAGGCCUUGGGAGACGUGAAUGUGUGUACUCUUAAGUCUUUGCUAAGGAGCAAUGCCAGGAAUACUUUUGCAAAUUGUAAAGUUCCUGUUGUUUCAGACAAUGGAUGAGCAGUCACAAGGCAUGCAAGGGCCACCUGUUCCUCAGUUUCAACCACAGAAGGCCUUACGACCGGAUAUGGGCUACAAUACAUUAGCCAACUUCCGAAUAGAAAAGAAAAUUGGUCGUGGACAAUUCAGUGAAGUUUAUAGAGCAACCUGUCUCUUGAAUGGAGUACCAGUAGCUUUAAAAAAAGUGCAGAUAUUUGAUUUAAUGGAUGCCAAAGCACGUGCUGACUGUAUCAAAGAAAUAGAUCUCUUAAAGCAACUGAACCAUCCAAAUGUAAUUAAAUAUUAUGCAUCAUUCAUUGAAGAUAACGAAUUAAACAUAGUUUUGGAAUUGGCAGAUGCUGGCGAUCUCUCCAGAAUGAUAAAGCAUUUUAAGAAACAGAAGAGGCUGAUUCCUGAAAGAACUGUCUGGAAGUACUUCGUUCAGCUGUGCAGUGCAUUGGAGCACAUGCACUCUCGGAGAGUCAUGCAUAGAGAUAUAAAACCAGCUAAUGUGUUCAUUACAGCCGCUGGAGUGGUUAAACUUGGAGAUCUUGGUCUUGGUCGGUUUUUCAGCUCAAAAACUACAGCUGCACAUUCUCUAGUGGGUACACCUUAUUACAUGUCUCCUGAGAGAAUACAUGAAAAUGGAUACAACUUCAAGUCUGACAUCUGGUCUCUUGGCUGUCUACUGUAUGAGAUGGCUGCAUUACAAAGUCCUUUCUAUGGUGACAAGAUGAAUUUAUACUCAUUGUGUAAGAAGAUAGAGCAGUGUGACUACCCACCUCUCCCUUCAGAUCACUACUCAGAGGAACUACGACAGUUAGUUAAUGUGUGCAUCAACCCAGAUCCUGAGAAACGACCAGAUAUCACCUAUGUUUAUGAUGUAGCAAAAAGGAUGCACGCAUGCACUGCAAGCAGCUAAACUCUCAAGCUCAUGAAGAACAUAACCAAAAUAAUUUAAAGUAUUUUUGUGCAAAUCAUACCUCCCCAAUAUUGUCUGGGUGUUACAAUGAAUAUUUCAGAGCUCACAUGCUUUUAAUCCUUAACCAGUUUUCAUAUAAGCUUCAUUUUUCUACCAGUCUGAACCACCUUGCAAACCCAAACAAAUGACUUUGAUAUAAUUAUAUUGCAUGUUAGAAUGACAAGUGUAACAUGAUAGUUCUCAGUGGCUAAAAAUUUUAGAAUUAUUUGGAGGUUUCUGCUGAUGAAUUGUGUUCUGAUGUACUGUUAGUGUCAAAUAUUGAAGCUCCACCUCAGCACAUGGAUAUACAGACCUGAGGAAAGUCACCCUUUGGCUUGUUGGCUUUUAGUCAGAUUGAAGUGAACACAAUUGUGAACUUUUGUGAGUUUGUUUCCUUCCUUCCUUCCUUCCUUCCUUCCUUCCUUCCUUCCUUCCUUCCUUCCUUCCCUUCCUUCCCUUCCUUCCCUUCCUUCCCUUCCUUCCCUUCCUUCCCUUCCUUCCCUUCCUUCCCUUCCUUCCCUUCCUUCCCUUCCUUUCCUUCCUUUCCUUCUAUCUUUCUCUCUCUCUCUCUCUUUCUUUCUUUUUGUUGGAGGGUGGGGGUUGAGGGACAUGUUUUAGUUCUUAGCAUUAUACCUUUCACAUAUAAUUCUUAUGUAUACAUAAACUAUUUGUGAAACACUUAUUUGUGAAAUUCUUAGUUGAUACAUUCAAAAUUCAAUGACUAAAUGUGAAAAGAUAAGGCUACAAAAUGUAAGUCAGACACUGAAAAGUCUUGUGUUUUAAUAUCUUUGAUAUUCUCUUUGCAUUCAAAUGGUAUAAAUGAACCCAUUUAAAAAGUGGUUAAGGAUUUGUUGGGCUGGUGUGGUAGUAAUUUUUAAAGUUGAACAUUGCCCAAGGCUUUUUUGUGUGCUUUUAUUAUUUGUACAUUUGAAAGAUAUUCUUGGAAUAAUCUUGCAGUACUAUACUUCAGUUUCUUUAUAAAUAUAAGUGCAUUUUAACUCAUAAUUGUACACUAUACUGUAAGCAUAUGUUUUUAUUCAUAGAUUUUUAUUGAAGUUUUGAUUGGUCCCCUACAGAAAUUUUUUUAUAUUCAAGUUACUUUCUUAUUUAUAUUGUGUGUGCAUUUUAUUCAUUAAUGUUUCUAAUUUCCUGAGAACAUAAUUCUUUUAAAAGAUAUUUGAUAUGCCAACACUUUUCUUGGAUUGAAACAUUCUUUUUUAACUUUAAAAUUUGGGUCACUCUGUAUGCUUGUGUUUUGUCUUGUCAGAGAGGGAGAAGGGAUGUAUGUUAAAAUGUGCCUGUGAAUGUUGAGAGUUUUGUCAUUCGAUAAGGUUAUAGUUUUAGAAUAUGCAUAAGGACAUGAAAUCUGGCCAUUACUGCACCCAGAAUUGUUCUAAAAAUAACAUUUCUUUUGAGAGGCUUUGGAGCAAAAUACUGGGUCUGUGCAUGAAGAGGACAGUAGUGAUAAUGCUUAUUUUAGUUGAAGGAAAUGGGCAGAGUCUAGUGAAUGCUCUUAUGGAGAUAAGUUUUCCCUAGAUGCCUUCAUAUUAAUAGCAACCAGGUUCCUCACAGAAGCGUGAAGCCAAAAGGCUGAGUGAUAGUCACUGUUAUAGAACACUGUAUGUGCCAUGAUGGAACUUUAGGACGGCUUAUCCUGCCGAUUUAGAAACCUCACAUUUAGCGAAUACCUGCUGUACUAGAUGUAAGUUCUGGUUUUGAUUUUUCACAUACUUUUAUUCCUACAUUUAUUUGAAUAAUUUUAAGUAAUUUGGAAGUUUUCAAAAUACCCGUGCAUUUUAAAAUUUUAAUUGUUAUGUGUGAUAUCUGAAGGGUAAUCUCAUCUUGGAAUAAACAAAAGAAAUGUGGUUAAUUUUGUUAAUAAAGGCUGGAUAUAUCCCAGAUUUUACAUUUUCACUGAACAUCCGUUGACUAUCCCAGAAGGAUGAGUAGAGUUACAUGUAUUGACCAUUUGUGUCAUUUUGUUUAAUGUAAUAGAAUUAGCUGAGGUCCAAUGUCCUCUACUUGGAACAGAUAGUCUUCUUUUUGUUGCCCCCAUUAAGAACAUGUGGAUAUAGUAUUCAUUACCUUAACCCCUCACAGUGACUUCAAAGUAAGGAGUAAAGCUCUUCUUAGUAAAACUGUCCACUAAAAAGCAAUAGCUGAAGAAGUUAAUGGUCUGGAAAUCCAUUAUUAUUUCAUACAUGUGUAAACUUUAUUUCAGCUAUAUUUUUAAAUUCAAGUUCAUAUUUUUUCUUAAGAAACCGCUGUGUAAAACCAAAUUCAGCUUUGAAUGGGAUCAUUUCAAAGAAUUAUGGAAGUUCUAAUCUUUAUAAUCACCAAUAUUCUGCUUAUAUUUCUACUUACAAGUAAAUUUUAAAUUAAGUAAACAUUUGAUUUGAGUGGCAGGUAAAACAAAAUGUUCUACUUAUUCUAGACCUUAUUCAAACAUUGGUACCAGGUACCCAGGAGAAAAUGUGGAGUAACUUUGUUUUGCAUGCUGAGGUUUAGAGGUUGUUGAACAAAGGGCAUCCCUAUAUAAAUAAAGUGCUGAACAGUGUGCAAUGACUGUAAAUUUAGUAAGAGGGCUGGAGAGAUGUAAAAUACUGCAGCCAUCUCAUGAAUGCUCUGCCAUCCUACAUAGUAUCUAUUACAAAGCACCUUUCUUGUAUCCAUACAUUGCAGGUGUUGCUGUUAACAUUUACUAUAUUUAUUAUAACCAGAAUGCUGUUAUUCACAUUAAAUGUUUAUUCUUUAAAAUGAAUGUAUUGUUUAUAACCCACAAAUGCAUACUCUAUGCCUUAUAUCUCAAUAGUACUGUAAUAUGAACUUCUUUUGUGAAAUACUUUUAUUUUGUUAUGCUUUAAAUACACAUACAGAAAGAUUCAGUUGUUAGCUUUG